AUGGGCUACCCCUGGGAUACCUUUAAUGCAUAUAUUCUAGAUGGAAUGCAACGAAAGUUCGACCUACCGCCGAUCUUCUUUCUUGACCUUUGGCCGUUAUUUCCCCCGAUUGUCUGUGUCAGUGACCCAAAUGUCGCUCGCAAGAUCACUGUGGAAGACAGAACUCCCCGGUGGCCUGGCGUUUUCGAGCCAUUGGCACCAGCCGCAUCGCAGAGAUGGAUCCAGACACUAUCCCAGAACAACUGGACAAAGAACCACUCCAUAUUUGGGACAUCGUUUACAGCAUCUCGUUUUGUUCGAAUGAUCCCUUCCAUGGCGGAGGAUUUGCAAGCUCUGGACCAGAUGCUCACAAAAUGUGCCAAAACAGGACAGAUAUUCAAGAUGGAAACUGUGGCCAAGUUUUCGAUUCUGGAAAUGACAGGGCGGGUUCUUUUCGGGAGGCAGCUUGACACUUUCUCAGAAAAUAGUGAAUGGAGCGCCUUGUACGAGGGAGCCGUGGGUUAUAUUUCUGCGGCAAGGAAUCCGUUCAAGCGUCCAUUUAUAAUGCAGGAAUGGAGAACCCAAUGUGAGGCUUUCCAUACAUUGAUCCGAAACGAGGUUUACGCAUGCUUUAGGGAGCAGGAUAGCCAGUCCCGCUCGAAGCCCUCGCUUUUACAAUCGUCAUUUGCGGCGUAUCAGAACAAUAAGCUACCACAGUUUCCUGUCAAUAUCGGGGGCAAUAAGAAAAUGACAGAGGAAUACGUGGAGGAUUUGGUCUCUAGUUGUGCUGGUAUUUUCCUCGCCGCUGUGAGCGGCAGCACCGCUUUAUCAUACUGCCUCAUGCUUCUACAUCAAUACCCAGGUAUCGCACAGCGCGUGAGAGCAGAGCAUAAUCAUAUUUUCAGCCCGGACAGAGAUAUCACCCUGCAGCUGCUCAAGACCAACCCCGAGCGAUUAAAUCAGCUUGUGUUCACUUUUGCUGUAAUAAAGGAAACACUGCGGCUCUUCACCAUGGGGGUGAUCUUGAGACAACCAAACAGCGAACACAUUAUUUCCCCUGAUGGACAGAUGUACCCAAUCCGGGGCCACGUAGUUGUUCUGCUCCACACUGCUAUGCACCGACGACCUGAUCUUUUUCCUGAGCCGGACAAAUUUGAUCCGGACCGCUUUCUGCCUGAUGCCAGGCGAAAAAUCCCUCAUGAUGCCUGGAGGCCGUUUGAGAAAGGGAGGGGAAACUGUACUGGGCAGGAGCUGGCGCUCAUACAACUCAAAUUAGUUCUACUGCUUAUGGCGCGGCAGUUUGACUUGGAGCUGGCAUACGACCCCCAGUCCACCAGAGGGCCGGACAUCUAUGGCGGUCUUGCGUAUGUGACGAUGAGCGGGACAGGGCCAACUCCUGCCGGUGGAAUGCCAAUGCGUGCCGUUCGGCGAUUUGACUGA